AUGUCUAGAUACCGUCUAAGAGAACACGCGUGGUGCUUACGACAAUUAAAUGUAAGUAACAAAUCAUUUUUAAAACGAAGCUUCCUUGUUGGCUUAGGGUAUACGCCACCAAUUCGAUAUUUCAUAGACAUUGGGCCUUUGCCGAACUGGACUCGAAAAGAAGUAAAUGAGCUUAUACUGGGCCGGACUCGAGUACGAAGCCCAAUACUAAAGCUGCUCAUCGAAUUAUUUGUGCAUCGCAUUUGCUCCGACCCACGAUUUCAAGUCAAGUCAAGUAGCGUAAAUGCGUAA